GUCACUAGGCGGCCCGGAAGCGCCAACACGUGUGGGGCUUCUCCGACUCCCUGUUUCUCGGUUUUGUGUGUGCGUGUGUCUCUCUGAUCAUGGGUCGCUCUCGGCGGACCGGCGCGCACCGAGCACAUUCCUUAGCCCGCCAGAUGAAGGCCAAGAAGNGGCGGCCGGAUCUGGAUGAGAUUCAUCGCGAGCUGAGGCCGCAGGGGCUCCCGCGGCCCAAGCCCGAGCGGGACGCAGAGCCCGACCCGGACCUGCCAGGGGGCGGCCUGCACCGCUGUCUGGCUUGCGCGAGGUACUUCAUCGAUUCAGCCAACCUGAAAACCCACUUCCGAUCCAAAGACCACAAGAAAAGGCUGAAGCAGCUGAGUGUCGAACCCUACAGUCAGGAAGAGGCUGAGAGGGCAGCAGGCAUGGGCUCGUAUGUGCAACCCCAGCGGCUGGGCGUGCCCACGGAAGUGUCCACUGAUAUCCCGGAGAUGGACACGUCCACCUGAGUGGCCUAAGGAUGCAGGGCAGAGGAACUGCCCAUGGGCAGUGUGGUUCAUCGGNCAGGCUGAUCGUGUGUAUUUUGGAUUUCCGGUUUGCGGAGAUACUCUCUUCUGGAUGUUCUGCCCAAAAUAAAGGACCUGGACAAGA